GUGCGACUUCCGUAUGUAUUCCGUAUGCGCAUGCGUAUUUAUCCAAUUUUCGGACGAAUUUACGUGUGGAGUCCUGCAAGUGAUAAUAUUUUCGUUGAUUUAAUACAUAUUCCAAUGGUUUGCAGAUCCAAUUAAGAUGUGCUGACAUUAUCCUAACUAAAGACAGAAGGGGAAAACGUUUUACUAUCUUUAAGCAACCAUGGUUUUAUCUCAAAGACAAAGGGAGGAAUUGAAUCGUGCAAUAGCAGAUUAUCUAGCAUCAAAUGGAUACCUCAGUGCUUUGUCAGAAUUUCAAAAGGAAACCAGCAUGCCUGGUGAAGUGGAUAAAAAAUAUGCUGGAUUAUUAGAGAAAAAAUGGACAUCCGUAAUUAGACUUCAAAAGAAGGUUAUCGACCUAGAAGGUAAACUUUCUGAAGCAGAGAAAGAAUUUAAUGCAGGAGGACCCACACGAGACAAACGGAGCCCAACGGAAUGGAUCCCUCGCCCACCUGAACGAUAUUCUCUCAGUGGACAUAGAAGUCCUGUCACAAGAGUUAUAUUUCAUCCUACAUUUAGUGUGAUGGUAUCUGCUAGUGAAGAUGCUACUAUAAAGUUAUGGGACUAUGAGACUGGUGAUUAUGAGAGAACUUUGAAAGGCCAUACAGAUUCUGUACAAGACAUAGCAUUUGAUAACACAGGAAAAUACUUAGUUUCAUGCUCAGCUGACAUGAAAAUUAAGAUAUGGGAUUUCACAACAGAUUAUGAAUGUGUUAAAACAUUAUAUGGCCAUGACCACAAUAUUUCCAGUUUAACAUUUAUGCCCAGUGGAGACUUCAUCGUUUCGUGUUCCAGAGACAAAACAAUCAAGAUGUGGGAGAUAUCUUCAGGGUACUGUGUGAAGACUUUUACUGGGCAUAGAGAAUGGGUGAGAAUGGUACGAGUGUAUCAUGAUGGAUCCUUACUGGCUAGUUGUUCUAAUGACCAGACAGUACGUGUCUGGGUGACAGCCACCAAAGAAUGUAAAGCUGAGUUACGAGAACAUGAGCAUGUUGUGGAGUGUAUAGCCUGGGCUCCGGAGACGGCACAUCAUGACAUCAAUGAAGCUGUUAAUACAGAUUCCAAAAAAGGAAAAGGGAAUACGAGAAGUGGACCAUUCUUGAUUUCCGGAUCAAGAGACAAGACUAUCAAGAUGUGGGACAUUAGUGUAGGACUAUGUCUCUUUACAUUGAUAGGACAUGACAAUUGGGUAAGAGGACUGAUAUUCCACCCUGGAGGCAAAUAUAUUCUUAGUGCUUCAGAUGACAAGACAUUACGAGUGUGGGACAUCAAAAACAGAAGGAAUCACAAAACACUGGAAGCUCACACACACUUCGUUACAUCCAUAGACAUGCACAAAUCAUCUCCAUAUGUGAUUACUGGUUCCGUAGACCAAAGUGUCAAAGUAUGGGAAUGUCGUUAACGCCACCGAUAUUUAGUCUACAAAUUUUAGAGACAACACCAAUUAACCAGCUGUUCCACUCUGGCACUGUGCCAAUUAUUAUGUGAUGUUUGUGAAGUUUCAGCUCUGCGUUGUUCUCAUGAAACAUUUAACCAAUUGAUGUGUCGUUGCUAACUUAUUUCAUCUUGACAUUGCUGAUAUGUUUACCAGCUCGUGCAGACAUGGUUUUCUGCAGUGCUGUUUACUAGCUCAUGCAGACAUGGUUUUCUGCAGUGCUGUUUACUAGCUCUUGCAGACAUGGUUUUCUGCAGUGCUGUUUACCAGCUCUUGCAGACAUGGUUUUCUGCAGUGCUGUUUACCAGCUCGUGCAGACAUGAUUUUCUGCAGUGCAAUCAUCCAAAUGUAUUACUGUUGAUCAGAAUGCAUUCUUCACUUCAAAUGCUCGCUUCCAGUGCAAGUGUUGUCUUUUAAAACUAUUGAAUUAUAUGAAUGAUUACAUAAAUUCAAUUAAUGGUUGCCGUGGAGAUGUACAGAAAUGGCAACUGAGAGAAUGGACAAAAAUUUGCCAGUUGCCAAAGGCACAUAUUCAGACAUAAAGGACAAGAAAUAUUAUAAGAUGCAUAUUUAUUUAGAAUAUUUUUUUUAAUUAAUCAAUUUGAUUCAAUAGAAUUUUAAUGUAUAAUUAUUAUAGAUGUUGGUCACAGGUAAAAUUAUAUCUAUAUUCUUGAUUAUAGAGCUUGGGUUGGAUGGAGUGCACGUUUGGGAAAAAUACAUUACAUAUUGUUUAACUAGACUUGAAUGAAUUGUCUAAUUCACAGUUCUUUAAUAAUAGACAAGAGGAAACUAUAUAUUGACAUAAGAAUGAUUGGUAUUUUGACUUAAGUUUUCUUCAUCUUUGAUGUCAACAGAAAAAGUUUGAAUUGCUUUUCACUUUUUAUCAAACCACAAUAAGUUAUUCAAACAGUAUAAUUGAUAAUGAUAUCAUUUAUGAAAUUUGUUCAGUUAAACAGGCUAAAGAAGAAAAAUUAGUGAUCUUAGUGAAACCUCCAUGUUUGACUUUUUUGUUCUAAUUAUUGAACUUUAAAAUCGAAGAAUCCAUAAUAAGAUUCACUUUCCAAAACACUGAAGUCUUUUUGCAUAAUUCUCCAUCUUUCAUCUUAUCUUGUGCUGUCUUUCUUACUUUUUGUUACACUCAAAAUGCACUGCCUUAUAUUAUAACAUCUAUUCCUUAUUACUUUGUUAUUAGACCAGAAAUUCAUUUUAAAUUGUUUGUGUUUGUGCACAUUAAUUUUGAAAUUAAGAAAGGAAUCAAAUUUUGUUGUAUUAAAUUGUAAAUCAGAUGAAAUUGUUUUGAAAUAUAUAUUUAUUAAAAAGUUAAUUGAAUUUCAGGUAUUGUGAAGUUUGACAGAUAUACUAGGGAUGUAAUACACACAAAAAUGCAAUCUUUUUAUAUCUGAAGGGUUCAAAAUGUAUCAGAUUUAUUAUCCUGUGGUGGUUAUUUUGUUUUAUAGUCAAUUCUGCUGUGUUCACUUCUAAAGAAAACUUAUUUUUUAAUUUUGAAAAAUCUACAGUGUAUGCAAUAAUUAUAAUGAAAAUGGAAGUCAUCAUGGAAGGGGAUAUCAAGCUGUUGAAUAUUUUUGUUAAUGCAUCCAUAGUCAACACAAACUUGCCAUUUGACAUAUUAUGUUGUAGGUAUUAUAUCAAUAUUUAUUUAUUAUUUGUUUUCACUGUUAUUUCAGAGUAUUUUCAUAUCUGAACUAUUGAUAUUAAUAUUGAAAUUGAACUGUGAACCUAGAAAAAAAAAUUAACGUUUGAAGUUGGAUUUUAUUUUCUGGUCACAAUUCAAUAAUAUUGUGUAUCACAAUAGCAUAAUGGAUGACUUUCUGCCUACUUUUGCUCACAGUAUCACAUUAACCUUUAACAUUUACUGUGUAUACCUGAAUGAUAUUAAUAUGAAUUUUGUUCAUUUACAUAGCAAAACAUUUACUAGUUUACAAAGUUCAUAAAAAUAAGUAUUUGUUUUGCUAUGAUAUGUUUAAACUUUUUUCCUUAUGUUUUAAUAAAUUUUAUUUUGUUGUUUAUAACAUGAAAUUCUAUGAAUUGUUGGUUAUAAAAAUUAACAUAACAACAAAUUUAUCAAUUCUCAAUUUUUUUGGCAGGUUGCAUUUAUGAUUGAAUCUCAGGUUGAAAAAAAAGUUUUCAUUUUUGUGCAAUUUGGGUUGUCAAUUUAUAAUUUGAUUCCCUUAGAAUAAUAAAAAUGUAUAAAAUGGUAUCUUUGUAAACCACCCGGUUUAUACAUUUACAAGCUGUUCUGUGAUAUUACUUUCUAAUCUCAUCCAAUUUAUUGAUUUCAUUUUAUCCCCAUUAACAAAUUAUACACGUAGUGCUAUUUGAAGACAAAAAAUAAUUUCUAGUCAAAUAGUCCCCCAUGAUUUAACUAUGUUUUUUGCAGCCUAGCUGCUUGUUUUAAUUAUGCAUUGAUAAAACCACAAUGUGCCAAGAACCAUUUUAAUGUUGUUCAACCAUUUGUUAUAUAAGAAAAUGUUUCUAUUUGUCAGAAAUAUUUUCUGCUAAUUCUUUUGUGUUGUGACUUUUCCUGCAUAUCUCUAUCAAAUCCAUGUAGGUCUUAAAUAUAACUAAAAAAUAUUGAAUGUAAAUUCAACAAGUUAAUCAACAAGAUCAAUCCCAGAAAAGGACACCCAUUUUACCACAACAAGUGAUUACUUAUUUCAACUAAAGAUUCAUCAGAUGCUAUCUCCAAAAUGAAAGAGAAAAAUGAUUAAUGAUAAAAUCAAAAAUCAAUAUUUUGUACACUGUUGUAUAUCAUUGUUGGAAUAUGAAAGAGUAAUUUUGACUGAAUGAAGUUCAAAUGUAUUUGUUAACAUUAAUUAGUACCAAAGAAAUAAUUAUUUUUUGAAAAAUUAUGUUCUUAUAUUGUGAAGGCAUCAUGAUGCAAGUUUCGAAAAGGGAGGUUUAUAUCUUGAUUUUGAAUUAAGUCAACAUGACUCUCUUUAACAUCAUUGAACCAUGAUGCCGGAUUCAGUAUAAGGUCAUAACAACUUUUUAAACAGAGCAAGAAAAUGGAACUCUCUCAGAACAUCUUAGUACCAUUGUUAAACAUGUUAAAAUUGUUUAUUAUUUAUUUUACAUGGGAAAAAAAUAUGAUGUCGAAUUUUCAGUAAUUAUAAAAGUCUUUUGUUUUCAUUUCGAUUCACUUGAGUAUGCUGUAAACAUUCAAAUUACAGAAAACUUCAGUAGAUUAUUUCUCAUUAAAUGUGAGAGUACAGAAAGUGGAUGUAUGAAAUUGCUUGAAAAUUGGCAUGUAUAUAAUUUGCAGAAAAAUCCUUCUUUUCACUUUAAUCUAUCUAUUCCAUAAGCUAUUUUAUGGUAUAUGAUAGAACCGAAAACAGGGACUUUUCUUGCAAGGUGUAAACAUUUCUAUUCACACUUUAUUAAGAAUAAUAAAUGUUUAAAAAAACAUACAUAUUGUUCAUUAUUAGAUUUGAAAAAAAGUUGUAGAAAAAAAUAUGAAAAAAAAUUGUUGAAAAAAUACAUUGAAAAUAAAGUGUGUAAAAUUGAUUGCUAUAAAUAGCUAAUUUAUGCAUGUAUUUUUGUAAGUGCUAUUGUGGGAUUAAGGAAGGAGAUUAAUCAUAUAGUAUUAUUAGUCAUUGACCAAAGAUAAACAAGCUGUAUCAGGUCACGGAAGUUGUUUGAUAAACCAGCUUAAAUAUGAACUGUGGGUUGUCUACCCUUUAAAGUUUUUAAAAGAUUAUUAUCUCCCUUUAUCAGAGAUAAACGCAAUUGAUAAAUGUGAACUUGAGUGGGUUAUCUACCCUUUGAAAAAUUAAAGAUUGUUAUCUCCCUUUACCAGAGAUAAAAGCAUUUGAUAAAAUUGAGUGGGUUGUCUACCCUUAAAUAAUUGCAAAGAUUAUUGUCUCCCUUUACCAGAGAUAAAAGAAUUUGAUAAAUUCAUACCAUCUUUCAAAUGAUUAAGCCUGCUAUAUUAUUAAAAAAACAAAAUCAUUCCUUAAAUGACAUUGAAGCAGCUUGUAUGUCUUUCAUCAUCAGAAAGGCUUGUGUAUCUUCGUAGCUUUGUUUCAAAGAUUUUAAAUUUGAUCUGAUUGUUAUGUCUGUCAAAUAAAUAAUAUAUCCAUCAGA